CUCUACUUCAGCUACAGUAGAUGAAAAGACCUGCCUGAGCCUGCCAAACCAGGGAUAUAAGUCUGUUUGAAAAGAUGUUCUACUGGGAUAUAACUGUGCAUUUAUAUUCUUAAAGGAGGAAGGAACCACACAUUUCUUCAACAAUCUCUUCCAGUGAUCCAAGUAAAAAGACUCAGUUCUCUGAUGCAAUGUUUUUGAAUGGAUUCACAUUAUAGACUGUUGGAAAGCACAGCUUGGAAACCCUCUGACAGAAGUCUAAUCAGACUGUCCUGUCGAUCCUCCAGCUCAUCCUGAUGGGUUGUCUCAACCUAACCAGUGGAAAUGAGACUUUGGCUGGCAAGCCCCCUUACACUGUCCAGACCUCUGUGCCACUCACAAUACUGGUGGCUAUGCUCAUCCUGCUGACUGUGUUUGGCAAUGUCAUGGUAGUAAUUGCAGUGAUCACAAGCCGAGCUCUGAAAGCACCCCAGAACUUGUUUUUAGUGUCUCUGGCAUCUGCAGACAUCCUGGUUGCCACCUUAGUGAUGCCAUUCUCUUUAGCAAAUGAACUCAUGGGCUACUGGUACUUUGGUAAAGUGUGGUGUGAAAUCCAUCUGGCCUUGGAUGUAUUCUUCUGCACCUCAUCUAUUGUUCAUUUGUGUGCAAUAAGCCUGGACAGAUACUGGUCUGUAACUAAAGCAAUAGGGUACAAUCUAAGAAGGACACCACGCAGGAUUAAAUGCACAGUCUGUUCAGUCUGGAUACUGGCUGCCAUUAUUUCAUUCCCUCCUCUUAUCACUAUGAAAAAGGAUGAGGGCAAAAAGGACAGCCCUGUAUGCAAAAUUAAUGAGGAGAAAUGGUACAUCAUAUUCUCUAGCACUGCCUCCUUCUUUGCACCUUGCAUCAUUAUGAUUAUGGUAUAUGCAAGAAUCUAUCAGAUUGCCAAGAAAAGAACACGGGCUCCACCAGGACAGAGGCAAAGAGAGAAUGGCAACUUAGAAGACACCAAGCUUGGGCUGGACCCCCCCAAAAGAAGAGACAGAGAAGAUGAGAUGAAACAGGAGAUCAAUGGGCUUAAUGUAGAGGAAGAGGCUUCCUCGUCUGAUGGGAAUGAAACCAUUCUAUGUUCCUUGAGGAAGAAGAAGAGUGUGAGAACAACCAAAGUGACUCAGGUGAAGCCUGGAGAAACCUUUUUAAAGGCAGAGGUGCUGUCCACAGUGACAGUGAACAGGUGGAAGGGAAGGCAGUAUAAAGAAAGACGUUUUACCUUUGUCCUGGCUGUAGUCAUGGGAGUGUUUGUUCUUUGUUGGUUCCCCUUUUUCUUCACAUACACGCUGGCGGCUGUGUGUGACACCUGCUGUGUCCCAGAGACAUUGUUCAAAAUGUUUUUCUGGUGUGGUUACUGCAAUAGCUCGCUUAAUCCUAUUAUAUACACCAUAUUCAAUUCUGACUUCAGGAAAUCUUUUAAAAAGAUCCUCUGUAAAAGAAACAGAGGAGUUUUGUAAAUAACACUUUUCUUUUGUGCAUUUUGUAUUAUUUUACAUUAAGGCUUCCAUCAGUAGGUGCUUGUUGUGUAAUAUUAAUAAAAAAGAAAAAUAAUGUGCAGUUUGUUUUGAAGCUUGUAAUAGAAUUUCUCCUUCUUUGUUUAUAUUUUCAUAGUAAAGAAUUGUGACAUAAGUGGUGACACAUUUUCUAUACAAUUUGUUCUUGUUUUGUGACUAUAUCACAAUAUUUAUUUAUGUUCAUGGUGCAAUAUGUCAUUGUUUCUAAACUUUGGGGGCCGAAGUAACAGGAAAGUCGGGAGUCUUCAAAUGUUUAUAUAAAAUAUAUGAAGUAAAGGUUUAUACCACCUGCAUCACUGAUACAAUUAGCAUUAGAAUGGUUUUUAUUGUCCAUUUUUGUGAGUUUCAAAGUAUGCAUGCAAGAGUCUGCUAUUGGACGUUGCCCUAGCAACCUGAAUAUUCUCUGCAGUCACAAGACUAAAAGAUUGUGAAAUGCUGCAGUAUGUUACAAUAAUAUAAAACUCCUAAAAUGUCAUACAUUUGUAAAUAAACAAGGCAAGUAAUCAUGACAGAUGAAAAUUGAGUUAUGUGCUCACAUCAGCAUUUGGUUUGCAGUGGAAAUUAAAUGUCCAGAUGAUGGACAUUACUGGGAAUCCAAGCAGGCCUGUCACAGUUGUAAUGUAAUUGCCUGAUUGCGAUUAUUUGAGCCCAUCAUUUUUCAUAAUUAUUAGUUUUUCCAUUGUUUUAAUUUGACUUAGGGUUUUUUAAUGACAAGUGAACCUUCCUAUAAUUUGGUUUAUUAGCAUCUGAAUGGAGAAUGGCACCACCAACAGUUAUCUGUAAAUACUUUUAAUAUUUAAUGGUCUGCUCUUUUCACUGACUGAAUAUUGACAUUAUUGAGUUGUUGUGCAUGACAAGGAUAUCGACUAUUGCCAUAUGGCUCCAAUGUUUAGUUCCAAUAAAUGACUAUUCUUCGUAAUAUGUAUGUAUAUUGCUAAAAAUCAAGCAGAUUGUAUAAUA